AUGGCUCGUACCAAGCAAACCGCUAGGAAAUCAACCGGAGGCAAGGCCCCAAGGAAGCAACUCGCGACGAAAGCCGCCAGAAAAUCGGCUCCAGCCACCGGAGGAGUCAAGAAGCCACACAGAUUCCGUCCCGGAACCGUUGCGUUGAGAGAGAUCAGGAAGUACCAGAAAAGCACCGAGCUUCUGAUCCGUAAGCUCCCGUUCCAGCGUCUCGUCCGUGAGAUCGCUCAGGAUUUCAAAACCGAUCUAAGGUUUCAGAGCAGCGCCGUCGCUGCUCUUCAAGAAGCAGCCGAAGCUUACCUUGUUGGGUUGUUUGAAGAUACGAAUCUAUGCGCGAUUCACGCCAAGAGAGUCACUAUCAUGCCUAAGGAUAUUCAACUCGCUAGGAGAAUCCGUGGUGAAAGAGCUUGAAAGACUCUUUAUGCUUCAUAGCGAUUAUAGUUCGCUCUGUUUUAAUUAUUGUCUCGUUUUCAAUUUUAGUUUUUGCGUAGGUUUAGAUAAGUCUUGAAUGUGUUCGACGAAAUGUCUCAGUGAGAAUUGUUUUUGUUUAAUAAAAAGCCUAUUUGCCCA